CUUUGACCAGUGGAGGGCAGUAUACGCAUAGAAGCAAUACUGGCUAAAGUUACACGAAGAAGAAGGAGAAGAGGAAGAUAUUUUAACCACAAUGUCAAGACGCCUAUUUUUCAGUAUAUGCAGUCCUUCGGUAUAUGUGAAGCCUUUAUAUCAACGGUGUGUUUAUAAGAGUCCUAGACAGGAUAUUCUGACAUCGGCACAAAGUUUGACCGGACGCCGCUGGACACAUGGAAAGCCACUGUCUGAAGACGAAAAUGUCCACAAUUCAAAGGUUCCCCAGACACCAACGUGGGAACCUGUAUCAGAAAACCAGCUACCUCCGCCCACACGAGUGCCCUUAGACUUGGUGGACAAGCUGGAACGCCUGGCCUUGGUGGACUUCAGAAAUCAGGAGGCAGUCACCCGCCUGGAGAAAGCCAUCCGAUUCGCUGACCAGCUCCAUGUAGUCAACACGGAGGGGGUUGAACCAAUGGAGUCGGUUCUCGAGGACAGAGCGCUGCACCUGAGAGAUGACCGCGUGGAGGAGGGCGACUGCGCUGAACAGCUGCUCCAGCUCUCCAAGAAGACUGCGGAGGAGUACUUCGUUGCACCACCAGGUAACAUCCCACUCCCAGAGAGAGGAGAGAGAGCUACCAUGUUGAAAGACUCCAAAAACUGGACUGAAGAAACAGUGUGAGAUUUUUUCAAUUGUGACUGGAUUUCUAAAAACUUUUUCCAGUUAGCACUGGGCCCACAAUCACCUGCUAAUGGACUGCUUUAGCCCUUUACCUGUGACUGGAUUUUAACAAGAAUUCUGACUCAAUAGGAGAAUCAACUGGGCAUGGGCACACUAGUCUUCAGUGACUUUUUAAAAGGAAAAAUUAAAUGCUCUUAUUCAAGAUGCAUAAGAGUCGUUUUAAUAACUGUACCAGUGAAACGGAAGCAGAAUCCUAGCACUUAAGGGGAGGCCCCGCCCCUUUUUGCUCACAUGAUCUGACGUAAUUGAAACUCCUAAAACUUAGCACUGGUGCUACUUCCAGGACCGAGGCAGAGAUUCCAAUAGCACUGGCAAUGCAGGCAGUGCACAGGCAGACACUGAACCGUUUAUUUCCUUUCGACCGUGAUGCAUUUAAAUACACGGAGGGUUAACUUAACUACUGCUUGUUUACGGUGCAAGUAAUACACAAGCACGUGUUCGCACGCACGGCAGUGCCUAUCACUGCUGAGCUUAUCUUUGGGAUGGAUCGUGUUGGUGUUUGAGAAUGACUGGUGCAACAGUUCAUGUACCGAAAUAAAGAAGAACGUUAUGAUUCCAUCUUUUAAUUGAAAAAAAAUCAAAAUCUGCUUUUAUACACAGGCAUUACAAGAUACAAAGGAUGUUUGUAGAAUGGGGGUAAACUGGUUAAAAUGUUUUGCCUCAAUUUAAAACAAAUGCGGGGGAGGAGAAGGGGAGAGGAAAAAAAAAAAAAAAAAACGAACUCCAUCGCCUAGAAACAGAAGUUUGCACGGUGACCAUCCAGAAGGCAGGGCUGUCCUGAAAGGAGGAUGUUCGAACGGCUUCCCGUCCGUGAGACGCCCGAGCCCCAACAGCAGCCAGGACUGCGAAGCGGGAUCCUGGAGGUUUGGUGCUCGCGCCGUAGUGCGCACGGCUGUACUAAGUUCUGCAGAGAGACUUUUCCGCAUUCCGAUUCCGCAUGACAUGUGACAACGCGACAGUCGACAUGCACUCCAGAGUCACCUCCGCAUCCACUUCAGGUUGCACCAGCCAAAGACUCCAAAAAAAAAAAACUCUGACCAAACGGAAGACCCUGUUAACCUUCUAUCCUCCAUCACUGGUGUCUUUCUGGAACGGUCCUUAUACAUUU